UAACUUGUCCAUAAAUCGUUUUAACAUUGCAGCAAUGCUCUGUUAUAGUUGCGUGUGUGUAUGUGAGAGGAAAGAGGUCCAAAGACGAAGUAAUGUCCUUGGGUCCCGUUUCUGGUUGUCAAGUGUGUAGCCAGGUACUGGAAUUCCUUGAAUAAAACUGUUAUAGAAACGUUUUUGCCUUCUGAGUCUGCAGGGAAAUACCUGAGCAGGUACGAAGUGGUUAGACAUCUUGUAGUAUGGGAUUGUAAUCCUUCUGUGAGGUUUGCUAACAACUCUCAGUCUUAAUAAAGUAGCAUUGCUGACAAAGUUAUUUGUACCAAUAUUAGCAUAUUAUUUUUAGUCACUUUUAUUUUUAUAAGCCUAAAUCAAGAUUACAAAAUCUCCAGAAGAAAAAACAAUCGUUAAUGAGACUGGUAUUCUGCUUAUUAAAUGAAGCAUGUCAAGCAUCACUGUCAGAGUAAUUUCUCUAUUUUUGUGAGUAGGAAGGAACAUACUACAAGUUGAAACAAAUCCUUAAAAUACAAACAAGACUUAGGGUUGUUUUUUUUAAAAAAGCUUGAUUUUUAUCAGCUGCUGACAUUUUGCUUUUGUGGACUAAAACUGGUACCACAACAUGGAAAAAAUUUCCUCUCAUGCCGAAAUAGGUCAGACAGUCAUGUGAAUAUAUAUAAAUUUGAUAAAUAAGCCUGCUUGGAAAAAAAAAAAAUGGAAAGCUGAAAUCUAACUUAUUCUAAUUAUUUUUGCAUAUGUAUAUAUAAUACUUAAGUAUAAUAUAUGUAACAUAUAAUAUAGCCAUUUUUCUAUAGGGGAGAUUAUUUAUACCUCAUUUAUAAAAUGCAGCUCUGUUUUUGUAAGUUUUUUUUUUAUAUACUGAAUAAAUAGUGGGAAAAAUGAUUUUUUUUGUUUUGUCUUGUUAGAAGCAUCUUUGCUGCAAGGGAGAAAGUUGUUGUAGUACUUGGCAUCGGGAGAGCUGCGGGCAAAAGCCAAAUACCAAGCGGCAGCGAUGAGCUACCUGGAUGAAGUACCGUUCAGGACGGCCAGGAGCUUCGAAGGCGACGCGGCGAGAGAAAGCGCGUUGCUCAGGGCGCCGGCCGUCGACGUUCCCGACUGCGCCGAGCUCCUCGUGAGCACCAUGCACGACUUCUCGCUGGAGAGGAAGGUGCUCUACUGGAUCGAGGCAGCCUCCCAGCAGCAGACCUCCCGGCGCGGGGCCACCUCCGAGGUUGUCCCCACGGCUCCCCCGUGCUGGCUGCUCCUGGUGGGCCCCGAGGACAGCUACGGCGGCGGCGCGGAGAGCGAGGAGGCGGCGGGGAGAGGCAAGGACGGCGGGGCCGGCGCCUGCCCCGUGCGGAGGUGCGUGAGCCUCGGUGCCGCCGCGGAGGCUCGCGGGCACGCCAAGGGCCGAGGCGCCUUGUCCGACACGGAGAGCGAGGCCUGGCCCUCCGAGGAGGAGGAGUACUCUGAGGACGACGAGUAUUCCUCCACCUCCUGGGAAGAAAACGACAAGGAAGAGAAGGCUCGACGGAAAAGCGUGGGCAGAGCCGCGGCUCCGUGCGCCGGGCUGCGGCAGGCCAGGCCCAAGACGUCGCCGGGCUGGCUGGAGCCCACCGUGGAGAGCGGCUGCCGCAAGCCGGCAAGCCCGGACCCAGCCGGGCAGAGGAGGUCCAUGGUGAUACUCAACAACAUGAAGAACGAGCUGGAAGGGGCCCGGAGGAAGCUGGCUGCUCUGGUGCAUCCUUUCAACAGGGCUUACGUGGAGAAGAAGCAGGCCUUCACGCUGUCCUCCCUCCACCCGCACCCCCGGGGCAGCAGGAACUUCAAACACCGGUCGGCCGCCGAGGCCGAGGCCGCCUGGCCGGGGACGCUGAGGCCGGCUCCUCCCUGCCGCGCUCCCCGGGCGCCGGCCGCUGCCGCGUCGAUCCCGCCCAUAAAAAAGCACAAGCCCACCGUUGCGUCCCUCAGCCCCUACGCCUGCCUCCCGCCGGCCUCCGCCCCGGCCCGGCCGCUGGGGUCCCACAGGGCUCACCCGGACUCGGCCGCCGACCUGCUCUCGGCGCUGAGCCAGGAGGAGCGCGACCUCAUCGAGCCCGUCGUAGCCUUGGGCUACCCGGCCCGCAAAGCCAUCCUCACCCUCCAGAAGACGGGAAAGCAGAGCUUAAGCCAGUUCCUGGGGUACCUCCGCGCCUGCGACCGGUUGCUGAAGCAGGGCUACGAGGAGGGGCAGGUGGAGGAGGCCAUGGAGAUGUUCCAGUACUCGGAGAAAAAGGCAGCCGAAUUCUUGCAUCUGUUAGCUCAGUUCAACGACAUGGGUUUCCAGCAGAACGAAAUCAAAGAGGUUCUUCUGCUUUGCGAGAACCACAGGGAGAAGGCGCUGGAGGAGCUCAUGACGCAGAGGCAGUGAGCGGCGUCGCGUCCCCGUGUCCUCCCCGGGCAGCGCGUCUCCCUGCCGGCACACGCGGAGAGCCCCGGCUUGUCCUGGCACGUCCCUGGGGUGAUGGAGCAAAGCCGCUGUAGCUUGUUCCUGCGUUGCAGCGCGUGCAAAUACGGUCAAAUGUAGGUUCUUAAAACCUUACCUGGAUCAGCAGAAGAGAUUGUUUUCAUAAAAGCCAAACACUUUUCUGGGAACUUUAGUUGUUCCUUUCUGGAGACUGACUUAGGUUUGAAUAUUGUAAUUAAAAUCUAGUCAGACCACCUUAGCAUCUCCUUUUAAACUAGAAACUUGAGAAGAAUACAUAGCUCAAUGGAGGGUAAGAAAAGAAAGCAGACUGCCGUUGUUCUAGCUAACUAAUACAUCAAGUUCAUCUAAUAAAAUGAGAAAUGGCUCAUGCAAGGUUUUAUGCUGUGUGCGCUCAGGAAGUUUUGUGAAAUCUGAACGGAGAAACGGAGGCACGGCUCUGCUCUGCCUGCCUUUUAUUCUGUGCCCAAAUUAAGAAAAUUCGGGGGUGUCCCCUGAACCUGUGGAGACAGCGGCUCGAAAUCAGGUUCUGCACAAACGACAAGAUCAGGAAAACCUGGAUGCAUGGGGGAAGUUUUGUACCUAUCGCAAAUAUGGAGAACACAAGAUUUGAAUCACCUUGCUAGAUGUUUCUCUGGCUUUGGUGAUGUAACAAUGGAUAAUUUUUUCGCAUAAGAGUACAUUAUUUUCCUUAGAAUUAGAUACAGAUGUAAUUUCUUUGAGUAAAGAUUGUUGGAGAGGCUCUUCAA